AUGGCGGCUUCCAGCCCGCUCCCGGCGGCCCAGGACUUGCCCACGUUGCGUGCCAAGUUGCAGGGGCUGCUGCGGUUCCUGAGGCAAGCCCUGUCCAUUGCCAACGCACACACAGUGGACUUCUACACAGAGUCCGUGUGGGCGCAACUGGUCGACUUGCCUCCGGAGACUGUGCUGGAGGUGCUGAGGGCCACGGCGACGGCGGGGGACCGGACCUCGGAGGCGCGCCCCCCGGCGGAGGCCGAGGGAGGAGCAGGUAUUACUGGUUUUUCCAAAAUAUUUUGUGAAACUUCCCAGAAGCUAGUUAGUGUGGAAGCCUUUGCUCUGGCUACGAAAUAUUAUUCUAUACAAAACUUGGGAAUAUGUACUCCUUUUGAGCAAUUGCUUGUAGCCCUUCGAGGAAAUAAAGAAGAGAAAACUGGUGACAAUGUGAAGCCAGAUGAGUUUAUGAAUUUGAAAAAAUCUCACGAAGUUCAGGCAAUGUCAGAGCUGAUCAGCAGUAUUGCUGAUUACUGUGGGAUAAAACAGGUAAUUGACCUGGGUUCUGGAAAAGGCUACCUAAGUUCCUAUUUGUCCCUGAAGUAUGGCUUAAAAGUUUACGGAAUCGAUUCCUCAAGUACCAAUACUCAUGGAGCUCAGGAGAGAAACAGGAAGCUGAAGAAACACUGGAAAGUCUAUCAUACUCGGUCAAACUUAGAUGUCAAUGACCUGGCAUUAAAAAUGGCAAAAGAAAAGAAAAUGCAAGAUCAAGUUAAAAAUAAAGCAGAUAUUGAGGGAGUAUGUAACAACAGUCCUGCAAAUCAAGAAAUGAUGUCUACAUCAGAUUUUUUGCCAGACUUUUCGAGCUCUGUUAUUUCUAACAUCAGAAAACAAAUGGAAAACCUACAUGUUCAUUCACAUCGAGAAGAAAAUUUGUGUUUUGAGAAUGCCUCUUCUCUUAUAGACUUUUUGCCUAUUAAUGCCAUUGAACCUACUUCUUCCUCCCAAAUACUCAAGAGAAAAAUGCCUGAAGCAAAUAGAGAGAGAAGAAAAACAACAUCCAAGUCAAAUGAAUCAAAUAUAUACUCACCUUUAACAUCUUUUAUUACUGCUGAUUCAGAACUACAUGAUAUUAUUAAAGAUCUGGAGGAUUGCUUGAUGGUAGGUCUACAUACUUGUGGUGAUCUUGCUCCAAAUACUCUACGAAUAUUUACUUCCAAUUCUGAAAUCAAGGGAGUUUGCAGUGUGGGUUGUUGCUACCACCUUUUAUCUGAAGAAUUUGAAAACCCACAUAAAGAAUGUACCCAAGAAAAGUGGGGAUUUCCAAUGUGCCACUAUUUAAAGGAAGAGAGAUGGUCGUGUGGUCGCAAUGCCAGAAUGUCAGCAUGUUUGGCACUGGAGCGGGUUGCAGUUGGCCAAGGGCUGCCUACUGAAUCACUCUUCUAUCGUGCUGUCCUUCAGGAUAUUAUUAAAGAUUGUUAUGGCAUCACCAAAUGCGAUCGAUAUGUUGGUAAAAUUUAUUCCAAAUCCUCUUCCUUUCUGGAUUAUGUCAGAAAGUCUCUAAAGAAGCUUGGAUUAGAUGAGUCCAAGCUGCCAGAAAAAAUGAUAAUGGACUACUAUGAGAAGUAUAAGCCUAGAAUGAAUGAGCUGGAAGCUUUUAAUAUGUUGAAAGUGGUUCUGGCUCCUUGUAUAGAGACAUUGAUUCUUCUCGAUCGACUUUGCUACCUGAAAGAGCAGGAAGAUACUGCAUGGUCAGCACUUGUGAAGUUGUUUGAUCCUGUGAAAUCUCCCAGAUGUUAUGCUGUUAUUGCUCUGAAGCAGCAGCAAUGAUGUCAGUAGAAGCAAGGUUUCUGCUGCUCUUCUAGAUUCUUUAAAGUUUUUUUUUUUCAAAACACAUCUAAAUAUUUUGUUUAAAUCUCAACUUUACUUCAUUAUUCUAAAGUCAUUUAAAAACACCGUUACCAUUAAUUCUUUAUAAAUGUAUAUAAUCCAGAGACAUACUGUAAAAAUAUGUGUAGUUGGACAAGCUUCUUAUCUUUACUAUUGAUGAUCCUGACUUAAUUAAUAUCCAGGAGGUCUACAAUUGAUAGGAAUUAUCAAGAAACACAGAUGAGGCUCCUGAAAUAUGUCUGUGUACUCCACAGAAGGAAUUUGUAACCAUGGUGGAUUGCAUCUCCCAACAAUUAUCAGGCACAUUUCUAAACCCAGCACCCAACACCAUACCUACAGCUUAAAAUGUUCAUGGUGAGUAUUUCUUAAUGAAUGUAUCAGUUCUACCUUAAAUCACUCACCAAAAUGUCCUUUAGAAUAGUAUGUGAUACAUUUCUAUCUUUAUAUACUAUAAAGCAUUGAUUUUUGCUUAGGUACUAUCCUAAGCACUUUACUUGUGUUAACUCAUUUAAUACCCAGAACAACUCAUGAAGUAGGUAUAUUAUUUCCAUUGUCCCAUUGUAUAGAUUAGCAAAUUGGCAGAAGUAAACAUUAAUCUUCCCUCAUUCUUGGCCUCACAUUAUUUCUACAAACAAUUUUGCAAAUACAGUGUCUGGCACACUAGAAAAAAAAAAUGACCUGGCAUUUAGUGAAGCUGAAAAACAAGUCCCUGUCAUAGAUAAGCAUGGUACUCAGAACCUCCUACAACAACAUCAGAAUUACAAUUAGAUUACAAAACAACCAUCAUUCAGGACACCUGAAAUCUAGCUGAACAUAAGUCCUAUAAAUAAGGGUAUUAAGAAGAAGCCACAUCCAGACUGUUAGUAGGGGAGGAGAUGCAGAACAGCUGGUCCCACACCCACAAGUGGCAGUUAAAAAUUGAGAGGGAUAGCCCCUACCAGGUAGCUUGGUUGGAGCAUCAUCCCAUACACCAAAAAAAAAAAAAAAAAA